GCCAAAAAGCUCGUGUGUUAUUUCUACGUAAUCGGCUUCGACGAGAAGUUUUGUUUUGAUCUUAAAGUUGUACCUUUCGCGAGGGUGUUAGUGGGGAGAUAUCGAUCGCGGGACCAUUGACGUCCGUUCUGGAGAACGAGCUUUUCUCCUCGCACCUUUGACUAGACUAACCUCUCGAUAAUUGUAUUUUCUCACUUAUAGCUUCGUAUAUACGUGUAUACGUAUAUUAUAGAUAUAUACAUAUGUACAUAUAUAUAUAUAUCUAUAUUUCCUACAUGUGUGUUUGCGUGUGCGAAUGAAAAUUAGAUGCUGACUAGUUUUCAAUAAAAGUUUGAAAAACGUGCCUGUAACGAAAUAAACUGUAUUGUGACCAAUGGAGGCUAUUCCGUGAAUCUCUAGUUUAACAUUUGUCGACAACGGAAGUGGAUCUGAAGACAAAUAUUAUAUCAUUCGGAUAAUACGUUUCUUUUUCUCUCUCUCUCUCUCUCUCUCUCUCUUUCGCUCUUUCUCCUCCCUCUUUCUUUCUCUUUAUGGUCGUAGAGCGAUCAAGAAGUCACUUUUACGAGUCCAGAUUUUUAUUGAGACACAGAUGGAAUUUUGAUACAGACAAUAAACGUGAGGGUUUUUGAAACUUCGCAUGACCGAGUGCCUGAACGGAGAUUCUCCAAUUACAUUGUGAUAAUAACAUCUGUGAAGAGUGCGCGAUCUCUCGCCAUCUUUGUUUUGAUAUCGAUUCAGUGUGCGCAAGAAGAUCGAUCGAUUGGCGAACGAGCCGUCGAAAUGUUCGACUGAUCGAGCUCACUUCGAGUCGUGUUUUUAAUAUUCCAUCCACUGGUUCCGAAGGUCUGUCCCAUCUCCACAACGCCGUUCAAAAAUGGGUCGGAAGAAGAUUCAAAUUUCGCGCAUCACGGACGAACGGAAUCGUCAGGUGACAUUCAACAAAAGGAAGUUUGGGGUAAUGAAGAAGGCAUAUGAGCUGUCGGUACUAUGCGACUGCGAGAUCGCUCUGAUUAUCUUCAGUUCGAGUAACAAGCUGUAUCAGUAUGCGAGCACCGACAUGGACAAGGUUCUUCUCAAGUACACCGAGUACAACGAACCCCAUGAGUCCCUCACCAACAAGAAUAUCAUCGAGGCACUCAACAAGAAGGAACAUAAGGGCGCCAUGUCCCCGGAAAGUCCGGAGCCUGACGCGAUCGAGUACAAUCUCACUCCGCGCACCGAAGCCAAAUACACGAAGAUCGACGAGGAGUUCCAACUGAUGAUGCAGAGGCACCAACAUAACGGCACUCGGGCAAUGGGACAAUCUAAUUACACUCUACCUGUAUCCGUACCAGUAAAUAGUUAUGGCGAAUCUCUACUUGGAUCUAGUCCCCAAAUGGCGCAUACCAGCAUUUCUCCAAGACCGUCGUCUUCUGAAACAGAUUCAGUAUAUCCACCAGGAGGGAUGUUGGAAAUGAGUAAUGGUUACCCACCAUCGGCAUCACCACUAGGAGGUUCACCUAGUCCAGGACCUUCGCCGGCACUAGGAGUCGGAGGAGGCAGUGCAAACAAAGGCAGUAAUCCGUCUAGGCAUUCACCACAACCUCCGCCUCCUCCACCGCCGCCUCAUCCUCACAGGACUAAUCUUCGAGUAGUUAUUCCAACACCCCUUACGCAACCUCUCUCCGAAGACACUAGUUACGAUAGUGGCCAUGCACAAUCCACGUUGAACACACCAGUAGUAGCACUACAAACACCAUCAGUUCCAGCUGGAUAUUCUAGUUUUGGACCAACGGAUUAUUCCUCAGACUUAGGAAGCUUAGCAUGGUCUCAUCAGAGGUACGUUGAUGACUUAUCAAUGUAUUCGGCAGCCACCAUGUCCAGCAUCAGUGGUCUUCCCCAUCUGGCAGUGUCGAGCAGUACACCGCCACCGGCCACGUCGCCAUUACCAGUGAAGAUAAAAAGUGAACCGAUUAGUCCACCUAGAGAUCCUCACGGUGGCAACAGUGGCUCGAACAGCGGGCCGAGUAAUACCAGCAAUCUUCAUCACACGACUCUGAACGUGGGACCUUCGUCCAGUACCGGUGCACCACCUCCACAUCAUGUACCUCAUCCGGGGCCACAAUCGUUGAAUCUUGUGUCGAGCAGACCGAGCAGUAAUCCACCGCCAUCUCACUCCGGUAGUAUAACGCCGACGAACCUUCCGUCACCUGGAAGCGGCACAGUGGCAGAUAUUCGAACGAGUCACUCGAACGCCGGGGGAAACGGUGGGAAUAACUCAGACUAUGAGAAUGGACCGCUGAUGAAGCGUUCCAGGAUCACUGAGGGCUGGGCGACUUAAUAUCAAUCGUAACGGUUAAUCGCUCGAUCGUUUCAUACCUCUACGUACAACGGCGUAUAGUGCUUUUGUGAAAAGUUCCGGGACUUGAAGUCAAAGACUCGUUAAUUAUUAUACGCAAUGUUCGGCCAUGGUUCUUUUUUUUCUCUUCUUGUAGUUGGAUGCGCGCGUAAGACGAAGAAUCCUUACGAAGAGUCCGACUUUGGCUGGACAAGAGAGGACACAAAUUUGUUUAUAUUUUAAAAGUCCAGAAACACACGUAACACGACACAUACACAUACAUACGCAUACACAUAAAAGAAUACGUUUGUUUGACGAUUAAAUAACGGUGCCAUAAUGUUGAAGCGUUACACGUAUAUAUAUAUAUAUUAUAUUAUACAAUAUAUGAUGGAUACAUAUAUAUAUAUAAUAUCCAUUAUAUAUAAAAGAUAUAUAUAUAUGUAUAUUUUCAUGUAUAUAAUACAAAAGUUGUUUGUAUAUAUGUCAUUUAUUCAUUGUCAUUUUCUUCGUGACAUGGCAUAUUGUGUCUUUGAUACUUGUCGCUAAUGGCGAAGAUAUAUUCUAUUCCGAGUGAAGAAAGGUAAUGGCGGUACGUUUAGAAUUGAUGUUAAGAAACGAAUCGGGAGCACAGCAUUUCGGAAGAUAAGUGCAUCGACAACCGAAUUUCUAAGAGCUUUCGAAAACGUUUAAUGGAUUUACGGUUUAGAGAUUUACAAAUAAUUGUACUUUGUUACUUGUUUCUUUUUUUUUGUGCGUUAUGAUGGUAGGUAGGCAAGACCGCGGCAUAAUCCGUUAAUUAAUGUUUUUACAUAAUGAAUGCCGAGAGCAAUGAACAUAAUUUCUCUCUUAAUUGAAUGCCUAGUCAGAGAAUAAUGAUAUUCGAUUAGUAUAUAAAUUUUAAUUUUACAAUUUUUCUUUUUUUUUUUUGUAAUUGCAAUAUCUCUUUCCUUUAUUCCAGAGAAAAGAAUCAUACUCUUACUUUAUAAACGAUCAAUGGAGUCGUACGAACAUUUUAUUAGAAAAUGUAUACAUUCAUGAGUCUUAGAUCGUUUAAUUUUCUUUUUAACAAAUCGUUGGGUUUGUUUUUAAAGUAGCGGAGUUUCUCCCUCUUCUUUUUCUUUUUUCUUUUUUCUUAGCGAACUAAUUAACGGUCUAUGUCCGCUAAUAAACAAAAAGAUGUUGAAUAAUUAAUCGGCUGCUGUACUCAAAAUAAUUACGAUAUUCAGUAGAAAAAAAAAUAUGAUCGAAAAUUAAUAUAUUGAUUAUUAUGAGGUAAUAGAGGAGAUAUAUGCAUAUUACAUGUGAAAUAAGCAUCUAAUAUAGUGUUGAUUAUUCAAACAGAAAAGAAAGGUAUAUACACACGAACUUGCAGAUGUAUACAUAUAUACAUACGUUAUAUACAUUUUCCACAAGUAUUUUGCACAUUUGAUAUGAAGAAAAAAAAUGAAAGGUGACACGGAAGGAAGAAACUUUGCAACCCUUAACGCCUAAGUCAUACACAACGAGAGCUUGCACCUCUGUAAGCAUUUAUCUCCAAAUAAUAAUCUAUGAGAAUUAGAAAAUUUAUUUGAAUCAGUAUUUAAAUCCAAUAUUCAUGGCACACGAUUUUUCUAUAACAGUGGAACACAGUUAAAUUAAAUAUGAAAUAUAGGGAAAGAGAAUAUUUAUUAUAUAUAGUACAUCCUUGUAAAAUGCUUUGUUAGUCAAAUCCAUAAUUAGUUGGCAAGAUAGGGUUGCAAUUGUAAAAUGCAGAAAGUCUUCUUCCUAAGUUAAACCGCUUUCGGGAUGGUCUCAGCCUAUGCUUUACUCAAUCUCAGGAUGUAUCCUGGUGCGAGCUGCUCUCAAGAGUCGUAUUUGGUACAUUACUGUAAUUAAUUAACGUAAUUAAUGGAAUACACAAACGGUAUAUGAAUAAAUAGUGCCUGGCACCAUUUGUGGCCCUCCUUCAGGUUGACUUGUUCACGUUGUGACUCGCAUAAGGUGACUCGUCGACAAGCUACGUGUAAAGAAAAGUGUGUAUCAUACUGAAAGAUACAAAAAAGUGGAUUAAAAAUAGUAAAAUAAAGAGAUGUUGAAUAGAGUGAGAAAGAAAGAAGAAAAUAGAGAGAAAGAGUGGUAGAAAGGUUUAUCCGUACUACACAAAUUAGUGGAAUCAUAGACUUUGUUUUACAACGUUCUGUCGACGAAUCGACAACCUGGCAAGUCAGUCUUGGUUAUACUGUAACCGAAGAUUAUAUUAUACGUACGUUAAAGAAGGUAAAGAAAGAAGAGUCGUAUGAAUCUUCGAUAUUAAUUUGUUUCUUUACUAACGUUGCAGUUAGAAACUAUCUAAUGACUGUACGAACAAUCGGUGUGCGAAACAUAAGAUAUAUAAUGUAUAGUCACUAAUGAUUAAUCACAAAUUUUUAAGAUGAUCACAAAGUGCAAUCUCUUAGCCAACACACUUUUUUAUCAAA